GGAGCGGCCGGUGCUCGGCAGCCCCCGCCGGGCAUGUCAGCCCCGGGCCCCGGCCCUGGCGAGGCGACCCUGGGCGCCAGGGAGGCGGCGCGGCGGGACCCGCUGGCCGCCGACCUGCGGUGCAGCCUGUUCGCCGCCGCGCUGCAGAGCUACAAGCGCGACUCGGUGCUGAGGCCCUUCCCGGGCCGCUACGCCAGCGGCGACAGCAAGGACUUCGAGGGGCUGACAUCCCUGUUUGGUGAAGGCACCUAUCUGACCAGUGACCUGAGCCUGGCUCUGCUGUACAGCCCUCAUGGCCUCGGCUGGCAGCGAAGUGCACUGGGCUCUGUCCUCAGCUGUGUGGCUGUUUGUGAGAUCAUUGACCACCCAGAUGUAAAGUGUCAGGUGAAAAAGAAAGAUUCAGAAGAAAUAGACAGAAAAAGAGCAAGAGUGAAAAACAGCGAAGGGGGAGACGUACCACAGAAAUACUUUGUUGUCACAAACAACCAGCUUUUACGAGUUAAAUACUUGCUAGUGUAUUCACAGAAGCAGCAUAGGAGGCCUUCUAAUGAAUCUUCCUGGUUCUACACCCACCGUUUUGCUGUAAUGAUGAUGCUGUACCUGCUGUUGCUGAUAGGGAUAGGGGCCAGCAGCUCACCAACCUUCAUCUACUACUGGCACAGAAUGUUUGACUCGGAGAGAUGAACCAGCGAGAUGAUAAACUGUUCAUUUCACCACGUGCCUUAACAAUAGCUGAUCUGCAGUGCACUGCCUAUCUUCCAGAGCUCUGGAAAUAAAGGUGCCCACUUCUGUCACCAAUAUAUUAAUCCUCAUGGCAUCUCUGCAAUUAUUCUUAUUUCUGUGUUCCUGGAAUUCAUGAGGAUGCCUAGUACAGCUGAAAAGGAUCACUGUGGUGCAGCUUAGCAUGAGCCAAUCGUUAAGGGUCCAUGGAAAAAAGGUUAUUUAAGAUUAAUGACAACUAAGCAUGGCAACACUCAGGUGUAACUUAUUUUCUGUCAAGCUGAAGUAUGUUUGCACAAGUUGGAAAGGAGGAUUUUUCUGGAUGUCAGGCAAAGCAACCUGUUUGGGAGUCUUAUCAGCGUGUUUUCAGAAACUGAAUCUCGUGAUGUUUGGCAUGUAUCAAUGCAGAUGGAAUUACUUUUAAAAUUUUAAAACUAACUUUGGCCAGGAAUUUUUAUAUUUGAGCAUAAUGAUUGUAAGGAAAAAAAUCAGCAAGAAAUAAAACAACCGCCAAAUGGAAGAACUUAAACGGUUUCUAGUAUGUUUUUUUUCCCCUCUGUAGAACAUUGUUGUGUUUUAAUCCCAGCUGGCAGCUAAGCACAAAUCCAAAACAUAGUUACUGCACUGCUAUGAGGAAAAUUCAUUGUAUCCUGGACAAAACCAGCACAAACAUCUACAAGGCUUGUGGUCUCAGCCGUGAUCUAUCUUAUCCUAGCUUACUGUGCAGAUUAGACAAACCCAGGGUUUUCAGCAUCAAUACUGAAUAAGGAUUGUUCUUACCAAACUGGGGAUUUGUUAGAGAAUACACAAUGUGCAAGUUAGUAAUGCAAGAUACAGAGGGCAAUGCUCUCUCCUCUCUCCCUCCAGUCAAGUCAUCUGUGUUUGCUGUUUGUUGUGUUUGCAAAGCAACCUCCAACUGCCUGAAACAGAAAAGGGAGCAAAGCACUGUCCUCUGAUUAGUGACUGGGCAUGGGGUAGUCCCAUGAAGACCCAGGGAUUCUAGGCUAAGAAAAGUCAGAUAGGUGCCACAGUUCAGUCUUACAGUCCAGCCUUUAGUAGAUUGGAUAUAUGCAGAUUUUCAUUGCACAGUGAACCCUAACCACAAAAAAAAACCCAACUCAUCACAUAUUUCCAGCAAAUGAUUAUGUGAUUACUAGCUUACUCAUUAAAUAUUUCAAAGAAAAUCUCUUAUUUUUCUGAUGUUCUGGUACCUAAUUGCCAGAAAUAAUGUCCUGGUAAUCAAGUUUUUUAAUUCAAGGCUGAGAACAAGUUCAUUUACAGCAACCCCUCUUCUUGGUGACUGGAGCUAGACACAUUUAUCCCGGUUAAUUUUGCUGCCAGAACAAAUUUAUUUAUUCACCAUACAGCUUGCAAAACAAGAACAUUAUAAUCCAAUUCCCCAUUGCCUUUAAGAGCCUGUUAAUAAUGCUCACUGUCAAAGGACGCUGCAGCGCCUCAGCCCAAGAAGUGUCCGUGCUAAUUAUAGCAGAGAUUUGCAAUUAAAAUAUACAUAAACAAAUAAUUUAUUGUGCAGCAUGUUCAACUACUUUAUAGUUUACUCCUUGAUAUUUCAGUGCAGAAACUUGGGGUUUGGGAUGUGCAAAAGGGUCGUGGGAAUAUUUGCCUAUUUUUGUCUUCCUCAGCAUGUUAUAUUAAAUGUCGUGCCAUGUAAAUAUACAAGUUUAGGGGAGAUAAUGUGCCAGCCAGAAAACCUGGAGGUAUUUUAUGCUGUCUAAAGGGUACUGCUUUGUAAAAGCCUGGUUUGUUUGAAAAAAAAACCCUUCUUUUGGAACAGAUGGGCUGUUUGGGGCCCUUUGGAAAAGAAGGAGGUUGAGCAGCAGUUGUGGCAUGGCUGUCUGCUGCACUGCAGGGAAAGGCACAAACCUGGGAGCUCCUGAGCCAGAUGAAAAGAACACAGCAGGGAUUUAAAACUCUUUUCUUUGGGUUUCUUUGCAUAGGAAAGUUUCUGAGAGUAAGCAGAAGUAAUAAUAGUUCCAGGCUAUGUCCCCAGAGAGCAAGCAUUGUGGGGGCUCAUGGCAGACACACACAUCCAGCUCUGCAAUGAAAUCAGCAGGUAUCAAAGGAAAAAAAAAAAAA